UUUAACUUAAGCCACAGCAACUCGAUUAUUUAGUAGCUCGCAGCAAACAGAACAAAACGGUACAAAAUGAACUUCAAAACUAUUUUGACUGCCCUCGCACUUGUGACUCUUUCCACAUUGACCCUUUCCCAACGUAUUGGUCCCAUCACAGAAAAGUGUGGCGCUCCUCCUUCUGUCACCGGGAUAUGCAAGGCCUCUAUUCCUGCCUGGACCUUCAAGGGCGGACAAUGUGUUAGCUUUACCUAUGGAGGGUGUUAUAAGACUCCAAACUAUUUUAAUUCACCUGAGGAAUGCUAUACAUCUUGUAUAAAUUAUACAAUUUUGUAUGGAUAACUACUAUGCCCUCUGUGGGCGGCCGUCUAUUUUACUCCACAAAAUAAAACUUUCGAGCUUU